AGAAAUAUAAUAAUUAUUCGCAAUUGUUUAUUCAUUCAGGCCAGUACACGAUUGGGCAGUAAAAGUAACGUGUCGUAGUGUUACAGGAUUUUUACGUACACACUUACGCACUCUAAGGCACACUUAAAUAGAGAAAAUGUCUGCAUAUAAAUUUAUGAUCCUCGGGGCUCUUUUGAGUCUGCAUCUGUUCACAGCCUUGACAAGUGCGGUAAACAUAAAAGAUAUUAUUGAUGAAGAGCAUGAGAAAUGUGAGAGCGGUAGCGAUGAUAUGGCUUGCGUUAAAGUGAGAGCCAUGAAAUUUAUAGACACAGUAAUCAGCAAAGAUAAUUAUAAGAUCUCUGAUAUAGCCGUGCAAUCCAAUGGUUAUUCAACUUCGGCUGAGAGUUCACGUUCAGAAAAAAAUGAUUUCUUCGAUAUCGUUGAGCAGUACUUACAAGGUCACGAUAUUACAAUGGACUUGCCUUUGGCAGAAGCUAAAGUGACGGUUUCCUCCCGUAAUUUGGCACAAGAUGAAUUAAACUUUACUGUCAAUUUUGCGGGCGAUAGUGAUGUUGUCGAAGGCAAGGGUAAGAAGGGAAACUUCUUCAAGAAGGGCAAGAAGAAGCGUUUGCGCAAACUAGCCAUGCCCAUUAUGGUAUUGAUUUUGCUGAAGGCAAUCACCGUUAUACCCAUGGCUAUUGGUAUUUUGAAGAUUAAGGCUUUAAAUGCCUUAGGCUUGGGCUUCUUAUCGUUUAUUGUCUCGGUUGGUUUGGCCAUUUUCCAAUUAUGCAAGAAGAUUGCCAGCUCAGAACAUCACACAGCGCACAUAACGGCUCACGGUCCUUGGGAUGGACGCUCCCUUAAUCCUAAGUUACAAUUAGAGCAAUAUGAAAUGAUACCUGCCGCCCACAACUUGGCCUACAAUGCUUAUAUUUAAUAAAUACAAAAACAAAACAAACGUCGUCUACAAUAAAGUUUACACACAUCGCAAAUCUGAUAAGCUUAGUGUUAGUAAAUUAUAUAGGCUUACAUUACGUAAUAAAGUACCUACAAGUCCCAAAUAUUCCAAAUACAACAAGGUCGAAGCGUAGAGUACUAUACAUAAUUCCAAAGAGUCCACACAAAAAAAAGUAAUGCAAUUAUUACUCAGUUUAUUUAUUUAAAU